UCUGAUAUUGUUGAUGUCCAAGAUCUAUAAUUUCCAAAAUUAUAAUCGUAAUAUCGCCGUGUCAAAGGUUCUUAUUUAAUUUUGGAAGUGGCAGCACUGUCUCAGACGGUAGAAUAUAGUAGAAAAGUUAAAUUCAUUGACAAAAUUCGAUGGGUUGGAAAUUCAUCUAAUAUACAAAAAUCCACGACAAUAACAUUAAUUCCGUAUUAUAAUAUUUUAAAAAGCACAUUACAAUGUCAAAAGCACAUCCACCAGAAUUGAAAAAAUUCAUGGACAAAAAAUUGUCAAUAAAGCUGAAUGCGGGUCGCGCUGUUACCGGUGUGUUGCGCGGUUUUGAUCCAUUCAUGAAUUUAGUUCUUGAUGAAUCAGUCGAGGAGUGUAAAGACGGUCAGCGUAACAAUGUUGGGAUGGUGGUAAUUCGUGGUAACAGUAUUAUAAUGCUGGAAUCUUUAGACAGACUUUAGUAGACUUAGAGUGGGCAAGAAAUAUCACCAAUGCUGUAAAUGUGCUUCACUUUUCAUCAAUAAAUAAAUAUAAAACUCGGAUCUAAAACUUAGUUUCUACAGCAACAGCAGCAACAGUAAAAGAAAAAAAAAGGAAAACUGAUAAUUUUAUAUCUAAACUUCACUAUUUAAAUUUAAUGUGAUGUUAGGUUAAGUUAAUAAAUAAUAAUGAAACACCUCA